AUGUCCUCUUCCUCCAAGGUAUUGUUGGCUGUCAAGUGCUAAUCUAAUUAAAAUGUUGUGAACUCUGUAACCUCACCCUGGUCAACACACCUUAUCGCCUGAUACUGAACCAUGACGUCACGAGGGUUUCCCUAUUUAACGGUCGUCCUGUAACUUGACCUGCGGUGAAACAUUUUGUCGUUCACUUCGACAUUGAAUCUUUACCGACCACCAUGCUCAAGACCUGGUUACUUGUGACCACUGUGAUGGUCCUUGUGUCCAUCGCUCAAGCUGUCACCAGUAGUCCAAACAUUAUAUUUGUGGUUGCUGAUGACCUGGGAUGGAACGAUGUGAGCUGGCACAACCCGAGUAUGAUCACACCCAACCUGGACAAAUACGCCAGGACAGGGGUGAUCCUCAACUCCUCCUACAUCCAAUAUUUCUGCUCUCCAUCUCGUAGUGCCUUUAUGACUGGAUAUUUUCCAUACCACACAGGACUCCAGCACAAAGUCAUCAUUGAGGGCCAGCCCCGGUUUGUGCCGACAAAUUUCAAGAUGUUGCCGGCCCAUCUCAAGACAGCAGGUUACAUGACACACAUCGUGGGCAAGUGGCACCUGGGCAUGUGCAACUGGAAGUACACGCCGACCUAUCGCGGGUUCGACAGCUUCUACGGCUACUACAACGGCAUGGAUGAUUACUACACCCAUCGUACAACUGGGGGAUACGACUUCCGCAGUAAUACGUCUGUUGCGGAGGAUCCGCAUCAUACUCAUUCUACAUAUCUUUUCACUGACCAGACGAUCAAAGUGAUCGAGAAUCACGACAAGUCCAAGCCCCUGUUUCUCUACCUGCCCUUCCAGUUGGUUCACUACCCGCUGCAGGUUCCCCUGAAAUACGAACAAAUGUACAAACACGUUGCUUCCAAACGGAGACGCGUUUACAGCGGGAUGGUGUCCAUGAUGGACGAGGCAUUCGGUCAGAUUACCGAGGCGCUGGACAGUGCCGGACUGCUGGACAACUCGCUGAUCAUCUUCACCACUGACAAUGGCGGAUCAGUGCCACAUGGGGGUAACAACUGGCCACUCCGGGGUGGCAAGACAACAUUUUGGGAAGGAGGCACCCGGGGUGUGGCUUUCGUAUGGAGCAGAAACCUGCUGGAGCGGACUGGCUACACCAACCAUGAGAUGAUACAUGCUGUGGACUGGUUCCCCACCAUUCUACAUCUCGCUGGUUUACGCCCAGAUUCUAACAUCGACGGCGUCAACCAGUGGGAGAUGCUGAGGACUGGCGCCCCGAGCAGCAGAACCGAAUUUGUCUACAACAUCGACACCAUCAUGAACAGCUCCGCCAUCAGAUACGGCGACUACAAGCUGCUGACCGGCUCUCCAGGCAGCAUCAAUGACUGGUAUCCCAUUCCCACACAGGACAACACAAUUUCCAGAACAAAGGAGGCGACAUGGAAGCCCCAGCUGUACAACAUACGAAAUGACCCACAGGAGCGGAAUGACCUGGCACAGAAGCAACCUCAGAUAUUGAAGUUCAUGAUGAACAGACUUUCUCGCUGGAUGGCCAGCGGUGUGAAGCCACAGACCUCCCCUGUUGACCCCAGGAGCAACCCAAGGAACUGGGGAGGAGUCUGGACCCCCGGGUGGUGCUAGUUUCCUGAGUUUGAACUCGACUGGCGAUGCAAUCAGACCUUGUCUCCUCCAUGUAUCUUGAAUCAUGAAUGAAAUUGUUUUUACUACUC